UCAUUCUCCGAUCACGUAAACCCUAAUCUCAUAAUCAGCGCCCACGCAUGCAAUUUUUUUUAAAAUAAUUCCACAGCGCUCAAAAACAAUUGUUUCAGAGAUUAUAAGCUUCAACGAAUCUACAUCGUCAUCGAUCGGCUUUGUCUCCAGUUUGAGUCUCUGUUUGGGAAUAUCAUUAGGAUCAUGGAUCACCACGAAGAUGAAUAUCGUGUUGCAGGUGAACAUCGUGACAAGCAAGGUGAUGAGGAAGCUGCUGCUCGCCUUGAGGAAAUUAAGAAAUCAAUUGAGGCAAAAAUGGCUCUUCGCCAAAGCAACUUGAAUCCUGAAAGGCCAGAUUCAGGAUUCCUCAGAACCCUGGACUCCAGCAUUAAGCGCAACACAGCCAUUAUUAAAAAAUUAAAGCAGAUAAAUGAGGAACAGCGAGAAGGGCUGAUGGAUGAGUUGAAAAGUAUCAAUCUUAGCAAAUUUGUUAGUGAAGCUGUGACAGCUAUUUCUGAUGCCAAGCUUAGAUCUUCAGAUAUACAAGCAGCAGCUCAGAUAUGCUCUUUGCUUCAUCAACGAUAUAAAGAUUUCUCGCCAAGCCUUAUUCAAGGGCUCUUGAAAGUUUUCUUUCCUGGAAAAUCUGGAGAUGACAUGGAUGCCGACAGGAACUUGAGGGCCAUGAAGAAGCGCAGCACUUUGAAACUCCUCUUGGAACUGUACUUUGUCGGAAUUAUAGAAGAUAACAGCAUUUUCAUUAAUAUCAUCAAAGAUCUUACUAGUGUAGAACACUUAAAAGACCGAGAUACCACACAGACAAAUUUGACACUCCUUGCUAGUUUUGCUCGCCAAGGAAGAAUUUUUUUAGGACUUCCACUCUCUGGUCAAGAAAUUUAUGAAGAGUUUUAUAAGGGCCUUAAUAUCACAGCAGACCAAAAGAAAGUAUUCAGGAAGGCAUUUAAUACAUAUUAUGAUGCUGUCCAAGAACUUCUUCAGUCUGAGCAUACUUCACUUCGCCAAAUGGAGCAUGAAAAUGCAAAAAUCUUAAAUGCUAAAGGAGAGCUCAGUGAAGAAAAUAUCUCUUCGUAUGAAAAGCUACGGAAAUCUUAUGACCAGUUGUACCGUAAUGUCUCCUCUCUAGCUGAAGCACUUGACAUGCAGCCUCCAGUCAUGCCAGAGGAUGUUCACACAACUAGAGUCGCUUCUGGAGAGGAUGCUUCUUCUCCUGCUUCUGGAAAAGAUCCUUCUGUACUUGAAGCUGUGUGGGAUGAUGAAGAUACUAGGGCUUUCUACGAGUGCUUACCAGAUCUCAGAGCAUUUGUUCCAGCAGUAUUACUGGGAGAAGCAGAGCCGAAAGUGAAUGAGCAAUCUGCCAAGACACAAGAGCUACCAACUGAACCAGCUACUGAAUCAGAACAAGGUCAAUUGGCUACUCAAGAUACUGCAGAGAUAUCUGCGGACUCUGGCCCUUUGCAGGAGGGAAAAACCAUUGAGAAGGGAAAGGAUAAGGAAGAAAAGGAUAAAGAGAAAGCUAAAGAUCCAGACAAGGAAAAAGGGAAAGAAAAAGAUCCAGACAAGGAGAAAGGGAAAGAAAAAGAUCCAGAUAGAAAAGGGGAAACCGAAAAGGAGAAACUUAAAUGCGUUGAAGGGACAAAUUUGGAUGCUUUAUUGCAGAGACUCCCUGGCUGUGUCAGCCGUGACCUUAUAGAUCAGUUGACUGUGGAGUUCUGUUAUUUAAACUCAAAAUCAAAUCGAAAAAGGCUUGUGAGGGCAUCGUUUAAUGUCCCCAGAACAUCUCUGGAGCUGUUGCCAUACUACUCACGCAUGGUUGCCACGCUGUCAACUUGUAUGAAGGAUGUCUCUACCAUGCUCUUACAGUUGUUGGAGGAAGAGUUCAACUUCUUGAUAAAUAAAAAGGAUCAAAUGAAUAUUGAAACAAAGAUCAGAAAUAUUAGGUUUAUUGGAGAACUGUGCAAGUUCAAAAUUGCACCAGCUGGCCUUGUUUUUAGUUGCCUGAAGGCUUGUUUAGAUGAUUUCACCCAUCAUAAUAUUGAUGUGGCUUGCAAUCUUCUUGAGACAUGUGGUCGCUUUCUGUAUCGGUCUCCUGAAACUACUGUACGGAUGGCCAACAUGCUGGAGAUAUUGAUGCGCUUGAAGAAUGUCAAAAAUUUGGAUCCUCGGCAUGCCACUCUUGUGGAAAAUGCUUACUACCUGUGCAAACCGCCUGAAAGAUCUGCACGAGUCUCUAAAGUUCGUCCACCAUUGCAUCAGUAUAUCAGGAAGUUAUUAUUUUCAGAUCUUGAUAAGUCUUCCAUUGAGCAUGUUCUGAGGCAACUUCGUAAAUUACCAUGGAGUGAUUGUGAGUCGUACCUUUUGAAGUGCUUUAUGAAGGUUCAUAAAGGAAAGUAUGGUCAGAUUCAUUUGAUUGCUUCUCUCACGGCUGGUUUGAGUCGCUAUCAUGAUGAAUUUGCUGUAGCUGUUGUUGAUGAGGUUUUGGAGGAGAUUAGGCUUGGGCUAGAAUUGAAUGAAUAUGGAAUGCAGCAGAGACGCAUUGCUCAUAUGAGGUUUUUAGGGGAGCUAUACAACUAUGAACACGUGGACUCAUCUGUUGUUUUUGAUACACUUUAUUUGGUUCUUGUCUUCGGUCAUGGCACACCGGAGCAAGAUGUGCUGGAUCCACCAGAAGAUUGUUUCCGCAUCAGGAUGGUUAUCACUCUUUUGGAGACUUGUGGGCAUUAUUUUGACCGAGGCUCUUCUAAAAGGAAACUUGAUCGGUUCUUGAUACACUUCCAGAGGUAUAUUCUCAGCAAGGGUGUGCUUCCGCUGGAUGUUGAAUUUGAUUUGCAGGAUUUAUUUGCGGAAUUGCGUCCCAACAUGACACGAUACUCUUCCAUUGAAGAAGUUAAUGCAGCUCUUGUAGAACUAGAGGAGCAUGAACGUACUGUAUCAACUGAAAAAGCUAGUAGUGAGAAGCAUUCUGACGCUGAAAAGCCUUCAAGCCGGAGUGCUGCCAAUGCCAGCUCUGCUAACGGACAAAAUACUGUGUGCAGUGCUGAAGAAAAUGGUAGAUUGCACGAGGACACUGGUGACAGUGACAGUGAUUCUGGGAGUGGCACCAUUGACCCAGACGGGCAUGAAGAAGAUGAGUUGGACGAAGAGAAUCGUGAUGAAGAAGGUGACAAUGAGGAGGAAGAGCAUGAUGAGGGUGGUGGUCCUGCUUCUGAUGAGGAUGAUGAAGUUCAUUUUAGACAGAAGCAGGCAGAGGUCGAUCCUGAGGAAAUAGCGAAUUUUGAGCUGGAGCUUAGGGCUGUCGUUCAGGAGAGCAUGGAGCAGCGCAAGCAAGAGCUACGAGGCCGACCUACUUUAAAUAUGAUGAUACCAAUGAAUGUGUUUGAAGGGUCCUCCAAGGAUCAUCAUGGUAGAACAGUUGGAGGGGAAAGUGGUGAUGAGGCAUUGGAUGAGGACCCUGGAGAAGGCAAGGAGGUUCAGGUUAAAGUUCUUGUGAAGCGUGGGAACAAGCAACAAACAAAACAAAUGUACAUUCCUCGGGAUUGUUCACUUGUGCAGAGCACGAAACAGAAAGAAGCUGCAGAGUUGGAAGAGAAACAAGACAUCAAGAGACUGGUCUUGGAAUACAAUGAUAGGGAAGAGGAUAACAAUGGACUGGGGACCCAAACAUUGAAUUCUAAUUGGAUACCAAGCGGCAGAAUUUCCACCCGUGGCAGCACAUGGGAAGGAACCACCAGGAGAACUGGUGGAUCACGCCACGGGUAUCACCAUUAUUCUGGGAGUGGAACCUAUCACGGCAGGAGAAAGUGAAGUUGUUUACUGAAACGAGAAAGUGUGAGUAUUCUGACUUACAGGCAACACCUUAGAUAGAACGUGGAAUCUAUAACAAGUGGGAAAAAUACUCUGAUCUGGGAAGAAAUUAGAAUGACAACAUCUUUAUCAGGAGCUUGCUGUCGAACGAUAAAUUUUUGUCUCAUCGAGUGAGUUAGAUGAUGAAGAGAUUUUACUCAAAACUGCAUUUUAUUUUCCCAACCUGACGGCCGAGAGCCCUGCCCUCAAAGCUUGAGGAUUACUGAUUACUGUUUACCUUAAUGUAUUGGCAAGGUAAACAUAUCUGAUUUCUUGUCAUGUUAGGAGCUAUUUAGUGUGGGAGCAAAAUGAGUAUAUACGAAGGUUGCAACGUAUGAUUGUUGGAGUGGUGAUUUGCAAAUAUGACUAUUCAUGUGCUCUGUAAUUAGAUUAUAGGCGUCUAAACUAAUCAGUAUUUUGCUGUAUUCUGGUGUAUAUGUUUUAACACAAAGAAAUGGGCUUGAUAAAGAAAUUCACUUGUGGCUUAAGUUAAAAUAUACUACGUUUUUGGCUUAUUUCAUGUACGGGUUUGAUCAAAAUAA